AUGGCUCAUUUCAGACUUCCGAGAACAACAAGGCCAAUCGACCAAGAAUUGCCAAACACAAUCGUAUUGAACAACGACAUCCUUGAUCCAUCUGAUCCCAUGCUGAGCUCACAGAUAUCAUCGCCCUCCUCCUCGUUCAUCUCAACCAGUGGACAACACAACAACGAUGAUAGCAAUAGCAGUAGCAGUAGCAGUGUUGUCUCCUCUGCGGAUUCCUCAGAUUCAUCGACCAUCUUAGCUCCCAGACAGCCUACCCGAACAACAGCCUCCUCAUCAGACGAACGACGCUGCUGGAUUUGCUUUGGCGAUAGUUCUGAUUCUCAAGGAAAGUGGGUCAAGCCUUGCAAAUGCUCACUGGAAGCGCAUCAGACAUGCUUGCUGGACUGGAUUGCAGAAAACCAAAAGGCAUCACCCACCAAGAAGGUGAAUUGCCCACAAUGCGCAACGCCGUAUUAUUUAGCGCAAAACAACAACAUCACACUCGCAUUGCUUACAGUAGUCGAUUCUCUAGUACGAACAAGCGCACCAUAUAUCACUGUUCUUGGACUGGGAUGCUCACUGCUGAUCACCUGUACAACGUAUGGCGCAUUUUCUGUCCUGACAUUGUUUGGACAAAGGGAUGGCGAAAGACUCAUCGGCAAUCCCAACAAUUGGACUUACAAAACUUGGAUUGGAUUGCCACUGAUACCUGUUAUUUUGAUCUCUACUAAAACUAGAUGGGGAGAUGCUAUACUACCAGUAGCGGCUGUUUCUGUCUUGAGGGCAACUGGAAAUAGUCCUUUGAACAUCAGGCUCACAUGGCCUGUCUCACCUGCUCUAACUAUCACCUUGAUGCCUUGGAUCAGCUUAUUUUACAAGAAUGCCUAUCGAUUCGCACAACGCUAUUUAACCAACAAUCUAUCACUGCAAGAUGCUUCAUUGCUAUUAUCGUCGUCACCGUCAAAUACAUCAAAUCGUUCACGCAGAGAACCUUCAAAUGACAUUUCUGACAGAGAACGUAACCUUGAGCUAGAUAUGAUCAAUGGAAGGGGCACAAGUAGUAUAGGAUUAUCCUUACUAGGAGCAUUGCUUUGGCCAGCUAUCAGUAGCUGUAUGGGAGGAAUUUUGAAUAGAUCAAAAUGGAUUAGAGUCAAUUUUCCGGAACCAUUUCAGCGCAAUGUGCUGGGAGGAUGUAUAUUUGUAGUCGCAAAGGAUAUUGGCAAUUUAAUAUACAAAUACGAACGUAUCCGACAAUAUAGAUCUCGUCGAGUCAAGAGCUAUGAAGAAGUCAUCAAAGCAACAUCUCGUCGACGCCACCAUUAG